UUGUUUAAAGACAUCAAUGUACUUUACUUCUGCGCGCCUUUUUGCCAAGUCUUUGAGGAUAACGCUUAAAUAAUCUUCAGGAACUACAAUCUCCAAUCGCAUUAUCGGUUCUAAAAGAGCAACGCCAGCACUCUUCAUUAACUAAAAUACAUACACAAGUUAUAACUAUUUCUAUUAUUAACGAGCCAUAUAUGUACAAAUAAUAUGUAUAAAUAUCUAUAAAUAAGACAAAUCAAAAACAAUUGUUCUUGAUAGGGAAAAGAUUAAAAGAAUAUAGAUCAAGUAUUUGAAGUCUGUCACAAGAAAACAAACGAAGAAAAAAAUGUAAAUUUUAAAGUAUUAAAUUUGCACAAAUGCUUUUGCCUUUUGUGAAAUAAUUUCGUAAUUUCAUGAUUUCUGGAUAUGUGUCUUUGUUAUAUAGUAUCAGCGAAAAACCUUUAGAGUAUUGGAGUAAGCAACAGUCACAGUCGGGUCGUAUUCGUAAAAUCUUAGAUUCGGAUUUAUUAGAAAAUGUGAUCGAGUUACAAGAUUUCGAACAACAUGGGUAUGGGACUUCCAUCACUUGUCCCUCUGAUUCUUCUCAAUUUCUCAAUAUCAAAUUGCCAAUUUUAGUUGUAGUUAUAAAGAACUUGAAUCUACAAUGUCGUAUACAAUUGCAGAUAAUGGACAAUCAAAAUUGUUUGCAUAAUUUUCAAUUCACGAAUUUGGAAUCGGAGAAACAAAAUUCUAAGGCUGUAAUUUGUCGCGUGAAGGUGAAGCUAGAAACCGGUUGGAAUAAAUUAGAAUUGAAUUUAGCAAGUUUAACGCAAACUGCUUUCAAGCAAGAAUAUGCUACUGCGCAAAGAAUUCAAAUUUGCGGCAAUUGUCGUUUGCGUAGAAUAUAUUUCAUAGACAAACAUUAUGACGAUCAAGAAGUUUGUCCAACGUUAUAUCACAAAUUUCUUGAUUCUUAUAUGCUAAAAUGGGGUAUUCAUACUGUAGAAAGAGCUACGCAAACUAAUGCGAAAAAGAUCAAGAGCAAAUUGAAGAGUAACAAUUUGAAAUUCUCGAAACAAUUCAGUAUUGAAGAUCUAAGUGCUGGAGAAACUACUAGACAAAAUUGUUCUAAAAUUGUUUCUACCGUAUCAAAAUUGACCGAUGAAGACUUUUUAAGAAAUUUACAGAUCAAGACAGAUAUAUUGAUCAACGAAUUCUUCAACAGGCAGGACACUAAACUUUUACAAGUCUCAGAACUGAAAGACAAUACUGCAAUGAAGCCUUAUGCUUUUCCAAUACUACACUCGAAGAAACCGUUCAAUUAUAAUCGUAUUUCAGAAGAUGCAUUAAAAAGAAUUGGUGUUUUGCGAACGUUUACGGAAACUUAUAUAUGCAACGAGGAAAAACGUAAAGAGAGUAAUAUGAUACAGGAAAACUGGAAGCAUAGAUACUUUUUUCCUCAAGAGAAAUCUUUGAUUAACAACGAUUUAACGAAAAAGAUUUUAAGCAAAAGAAUAUUGGAACGAAAACCGAAAUCUUUGCUUCUAUUGUCUGAAUUGAAAUCUGAAAAGAAACAGAUUUCUGAGAUGAAGAAGAUUGACGAGCAAUCUAAACGUGACGAAAGUAUUUAAACGAUAUGACUAUCGAUUAAAUUAAAAAAUUAUCAAUUGAUUUAUUUUUAAUAUUAAUUGUAAUAAUAUUAAAAUUUUGUUUCUUUUGUUUAAUACCAUUUCUUGAAGUUUCUUGUAGUUCAAAAUCAAAAACAGUUUUUCCUUAUCAACGUUUUUUUAGUCAUUACUUAUAAUUUUGAAUAUUUCUUUAUUAUAAAUAUGUAAAGAAAAACAAAG